AUGAAUUCUAGCUAUACACAGAGAUAUGCACUGCCGAAGUGUAUAGCAAUAUCAGAUUAUCUUUUCCAUCGGCUCAACCAGCUGAACAUACAUACCAUAUUUGGACUCUCCGGAGAAUUUAGCAUGCCGUUGCUGGAUAAACUAUACAACAUUCCGAACUUACGAUGGGCCGGUAAUUCUAAUGAGUUAAAUGCUGCCUACGCAGCAGAUGGAUACUCACGACUAAAAGGCUUGGGAUGUCUCAUAACAACCUUUGGUGUAGGCGAAUUAUCGGCAAUCAAUGGCGUGGCCGGAUCUUACGCUGAACAUGUAGGAAUACUUCACAUAGUGGGUAUGCCGCCAACAAGUGCACAAACGAAACAACUACUACUGCAUCAUACUCUGGGCAAUGGUGAUUUCACGGUAUUUCAUAGAAUAGCCAGUGAUGUAGCAUGCUAUACAACAUUGAUUAUUGACUCUGAAUUAUGUGCCGACGAAGUCGAUAAGUGCAUCAAAAAGGCUUGGAUAGAACAGAGGCCAGUAUACAUGGGCAUGCCUGUCAACCAGGUAAAUCUCCCGAUUGAAUCAGCAAGGCUUAAUACACCUCUGGAUUUACAAUUGCAUAAAAACGACCCAGACGUAGAGAAAGAAGUUAUUUCUCGAAUAUUGAGUUUUAUAUACAAAAGCCAGAAUCCGGCAAUCAUCGUAGAUGCAUGUACUAGUCGACAGAAUUUAAUCGAGGAGACUAAAGAGCUUUGUAAUAGGCUUAAAUUUCCAGUUUUUGUUACACCUAUGGGUAAGGGUACAGUAAACGAAACAGACCCGCAAUUUGGGGGCGUAUUCACGGGCUCGAUAUCAGCCCCAGAAGUAAGAGAAGUAGUUGAUUUUGCCGAUUUUAUCAUCGUCAUUGGUUGCAUGCUCUCCGAAUUCAGCACGUCAACUUUCCACUUCCAAUAUAAAACUAAGAAUUGUGCGCUACUAUAUUCUACAUCUGUGAAAUUGAAAAAUGCCACAUAUCCUGACUUGAGCAUUAAAUUACUACUACAGAAAAUAUUAGCAAAUCUUGAUGAAUCUAAACUGUCUUACCAACCAAGCGAACAACCCAGUAUGAUGGUUCCAAGACCUUACCCAGCAGGAAAUGUCCUCUUGAGACAAGAAUGGGUCUGGAAUGAAAUAUCCCAUUGGUUCCAACCAGGUGACAUAAUCAUAACAGAAACUGGUGCUUCUGCAUUUGGAGUUAACCAGACCAGAUUUCCGGUAAAUACACUAGGUAUUUCGCAAGCUCUUUGGGGAUCUGUCGGAUAUACAAUGGGGGCGUGUCUUGGGGCAGAAUUUGCUGUUCAAGAGAUAAACAAGGAUAAAUUCCCCGCAACUAAACAUAGAGUUAUUCUGUUUAUGGGUGACGGUGCUUUCCAAUUGACAGUUCAAGAAUUAUCCACAAUUGUUAAGUGGGGAUUGACACCUUAUAUUUUUGUGAUGAAUAACCAAGGUUACUCUGUGGACAGGUUUUUGCAUCACAGGUCAGAUGCUAGUUAUUACGAUAUCCAACCUUGGAACUACUUGGGAUUAUUGCGAGUAUUUGGUUGCACGAACUACGAAACGAAAAAAAUUAUUACUGUUGGAGAAUUCAGAUCCAUGAUCAGUGACCCAAACUUUGCGACCAAUGACAAAAUUCGGAUGAUAGAGAUUAUGCUACCACCAAGGGAUGUUCCACAGGCUCUGCUUGACAGGUGGGUGGUAGAAAAAGAACAGAGCAAACAAGUGCAAGAGGAGAACGAAAAUUCUAGCGCAGUAAAUACGCCAACUCCAGAAUUCCAACCACUUCUAAAAAAAAAUCAAGUUGGAUACUGA